AUGGACUCUAAGGAUGUCGUAUUCCCAAAGUACAUGGUCUACUGUGUAGUCAUGGCUUGUGUUGAAGCCUUUUGUAAUGGUUGGGUCAUUGGUUCCUCCAAUGUUCCUGGUACCGUCACUCACAUUUGUGAGAAUGGUAUGGAACAUGUUGCCGCAAAGGGUCUUCCCGAUUGUUUACCUAUGAAUACCGCCCUUUGGGGCUUUGCUGUUUCUUCUUUCUGUGUUGGUGGUCUCAUUGCUUCUCUCUUUGGUGGUGGCAUCCAAGAAAAGUAUGGCCGUCGUUUCACCAUCAUCGUUAACAAUGCUGGCUUCAUCAUUGGCUCUCUCUUAUGUUCUGUUGCUGUCCAUCAAGCCAUGUUCAUCAUUGGCCGUAUCCUUUGUGGUCUUUCUUGUGGUCUUGGUUCAUUGGUUGUACCUACCUACAUUGGUGAAGUCUCUACUAUCAAGGGCAGAGGUACCAUGGGUUCUUGUAAUCAGUUCUUGGUCGUCAUUGGUAUCCUCUUGGCCUCCUGUAUCGGUCUUCCUUUAGCCAAAGUGCCACUCUGGCGUAUCAACUACGCUAUUACCGCUUUCCCUGCCAUCUUCCAAGUUUUCAUGAUGCCCACUUGUGCUGAAUCUCCUCGCUGGUUGGUCUCUGUUAACCGUAUUGAUGAAGCUCGUGCUGCUCUUCAAAAGCUUCGUGGUGAUGCUCGCAUUGAUCAAGAAUUCUAUGAGAUGGUACAAGGUGUUCAAGGUACUGUUGCUGCCACUGCCAUGCUUCGUGGUGGCGAUGAAGGCCUCAAGGUCACUGACGAUAAAGCAUCUGGCUCCUUUGACAACAACCAAGAAGAAAAGGGUGACAAUGAGCAAGAAUCCCACGAAGUCAUGUCCAUGUUGGAUGUCAUGAGAGAUCCUGUUAUGCGUCGUAUCGGUUUCACGGUCUUUGUCCAUCACAUUAUCCAACAGUUGUCUGGUAUGAAUGCUGUCAUGUAUUACUCGAGUAACAUUUUCUUGCUCGCUUUCAACGGCUCUGAGCAGAUGUCUCAAAUUAUGGCCAUUGUCACCACCAUUGUCAAUUUCGUUGCUACUAUUUUUGCUGUUUGUGUCAUUGAUCGUUUCGGUCGUCGUCCUCUGUUGCUUAUUGCUGAAGCUGGUACCUGUAUUUUCUCUGUUCUCUUGGUCAUUGGUUACAAGACCAAUACACCUGGUCUUUUGAUCGCUUCUGUCUUUUUGUAUGUCGCCUCUUUCGCUGUUGGUAUCGGCCCUAUUCCUUGGUUGAUUACCUCUGAAAUGACACCUACUUAUGCUGCUUCAUCUGUCGGUGCUGCCUCUACUUGUAUCAAUUGGUGCAUGAAUUUCUUAAUUGGCCAAGUCUUCCCUGUCAUUUUCGCUGCUAUCCAAGGCUGGUCUUUCCUUAUUUUCGCUGUCAUUUGUGCUUUGGCUUUCUGCUUUACUUUCUUUGCUCUUCCUGAAACCAAGGGACGCUCUCUUGAAAGUAUUGUCGCUGGUUACGACAAGUACAAGAAAUAA